AUGUCAAACGCACAGAAGUUCUCCUGGGACUUUGAUGUCCCGGCCGACGCUUUCUGGAGCUCCCUCCCAUUUUCAACUGGGCGCAAUUUCCUCCAAUGCUUUGAUCCUGCAGACAUUGAGAUCAUGUCGCCACAAUUUGACGCAUCCCUACCAAUAGAGAAUAAGAAUAGACUUCUAUUGAGGCUGACGCAGCAGAAACUAGCGGUCGAAGAGGACGCAGCACAAAGAUCGGGAGAAGGCCGCCUAUAUGAAAAGGAUUGGGUCGCCUGGCAGAACCUCAUGCUCGCAAUCGUUACAACUCAGCACGAGCUUGGUCUUUUAGCAGACGAAGAGAGAACACUUCAGACAAUGCUCGACCACCCCAAACCUGGACAAAGCAAGAACUACUCUGCAUUAAAUAUGAUGGCACGGCUUUACGAUGCCAAUGGACGUUACGCGGAGGCGGAGCAAGCCCUCCUCGAAGUAAAAGCAUGGAUGGAAGAGCACCCUCAAAUUGGACGCGGAAGCCCGCCAGCCAUGGGAAACCUGAGAAUGCUAUUGGAGGCUGUAUGGAAACAGGGAAAUCACGAAGAGGCGACAGGGAUUUACAUGGACAUGAAGAGCUUGGUGGACCGGAUGGAUAAGACAAAUUUUGCCCAGUACCAGGAAGAGGAGCGGGAAAUGUUAGAAGGGCUUAUGGAGACUCUGAGGAAAUGGGAAGAUGCGCAGCAGGCAUCAGGAAUAUAG